AUGGCGAGCGGGCAGGCGACGGGGGUGACGGGGACACAACAUGGCGCGCUGAGGGCUGGGCCGGGAGGGGUUCGGCCGGCGGGCGCGGACGCUCCCUCUCCUCCCCUCGAGAUCCGCAGGCGAGCGCUGGACGAACAGAUAAAUUUGAUAAGUUGUAAAGUCAGAGUAACAGCAUAUAGGAAGGAGUUCUCAUUGGAUAGUUACUCCAGUGCAUUAAAAGCAAUCCUGCAUCUUUUCUUCCCAGGAAAGAUACUGUACUUCAGAUAUGAAAAGAAGGAGAAAGCCAUUACCUGGGAAAAAAAAUCAAGAACUACAUGUACCAGUUACAGAAACCUCUUGAUUACAUACAGAAAUGAGAUAUUUCAGAGCGAUGUGAAACCAGAAGACAUAUUAAUAAAGCAGAAUACCCUGAAGUUAGGAGAUUUUUGGAUUUGUAGGAGUAUCUAUUCUAAGUGGCCACACAGAGGAUGUAUCUCUACACACUAGUACCAGGCACCUGAACGCUUACUUACAGAUGGCUACUAUAAUAGAUACGGAGUGCUGGCUGGGUUUUGUAUGAAAUCACAAGUUUUCAGCCUCCUUCCUGGAUCUAAUGAACUGGACCAAAUUUCAAAAAUCCAUGAUGUUAUAGACACUCCCACUAACAAAACUCACAAAAAGCUCAAGCAGUCAAGUGUGAGUUUUGAUUUCCCUUCUAAAAAAGGAAAAGGAAUACCUCCUCUUGUGCACAGUUUGUCUCCCAAGGGCUUCUCUCUUCUCUAUGCAAUGAUAAAAUAUGACCCUGAUGAGAGAAUUGCUGCCCAUAGAGCAUUACAGCACCCUUAGCUUCAAGAAUUCUGGCAAGUGACUUCACUUCAACCUUGAAGACUAAAAUUAAAAAGCGGGGGGAGCGCUGUGUGCUUGUUAUUUAAAGUGACCUGAAAUGCAGUUUGCUUACAGUGCUAGUACUCAGUCUGCAAUACAGUGAACGUAAUUCUUUGCGUUGAGUCCAAACUUCACCUAAAACACAACUGAAGUUUUUUUUCUUUUUUCCCCAGACUUUUUAGGGCACUUCAUACACAAGCCUCGUCCAUGCACAAAAAAUUAAGAUUACUAGGAAAUACAGCAGGGGGAGUACCUCUGCAUUUGUGGCAAAUUUCAAAGGCAAGUCAAAGACUGGUAAUAUUUAAGUGAAAGAAUUGUCAGCCCAUUUAGAGAAAGUAAUUUUUGUGGCACUGAGCUUGUUAGCUAGAAACAAAUGUUUUGCUUAAACUGAUUACUUGGUUUUAUUCAGGCUGCCUAAGCACUGAUCUUUAUGUGGUGGGAUGUAGUUCCCCCUCUCCCUCUGAAGCCCUGAAACAUGAUUGAGAAUUUAGAAGCUGUGAUACCACAUAAUCUCAUCAGUAGACUCUUGUCAGUUGCUUUUACUUAGAGGGUCAGUUCCGUGGGUUUUUUUUUAAAUAUCAUCAUCCUCUUUUUGCUGUUUGCCUUUGAGUUAAAGAGUUUUACAGAUGAAGUUGUAGCAGGCCUUCAGUCUACUUUUUGAGGUUUUUUUUAAACUUAAUCAUCCUGUAUUUAGAUGAUAUCUGGGAAUAUCUUAAACUUGUAUUUGUAAAUCGAAAAAUUAAAAUCUGAUUAAAAAUCUGGCAAACUAGAAUUUUGUUUAUAUUCAAGCUAUGUGAAAAAUACUCAACAUACUCUUAAAGGUUCACUGUAUCUGCAUGGUGAGAUAGAAGCUAGUACUACAUGAAAAACUCAGAUACAGGUUUUGUUCAAAAAACCCAAAUUACAGUAGCAAAAAAAAUAUAUAUAGUAAUUAUUUUCUGCUGGGCAUUUAACCUUGAAAGCAUGAACUCUCCUUCCAUAAGAGCAACCACUCUUUCUACCAAUUUAGUUCUGGGGUUCAUCAGUGUAGGCUUUGUAAGAUCUUUCAGGAAAAACUGCAAGAAACAUCAAGUGAGGAAGUAAUUUUUAGAAAAUAAUUU